AUGACUGCGCGACGAACGGUGAUUGGGAAUCCAAACAUUGGACCUCCUCCUCCUCCUCCUCCUCCAGCACCGCGUUCCCUCACGAAAGCUGUACGUAAUAGCCCGAACUGGCGGCGCAAAAGCAGACUAGCGGGCCUGCAGCUCGCAGGACUGGCAUACAGCCAGCUCUGGGGCGUUGGCCCACUGGAACCAAGGGAGGAUGGGGAGCGCUGGGUGGCCAAUCGCCUGGGAGAUGCUUAUCUUUGGACGUUCUGCAUGUCGCGGCGCUGA